UGCCAAACACACUUACAACCCGGUAGAUUUUUCAGUCACUUUCCCCCUCGACGACGACAACCGAAAACCACCGCGCGCGGCUGAUUUUUCCGGUCAAUACGGUGUCGUUUUCUUCACUAUUGUAGUGUCCAUCCAUCUACGGUGUCGAAAAGUCAUCGAUGAUACAUUUUGCAUCGAAGGUGAAAAAUGCGGGUCAAUGCUUUGUAUCAAUCAGCUUUGCAUCGUAGAAGACCUAUCAGCAUCAAUUAUCAAUGGCCGUAUCAAGGUGCAGAAUUUUGGUGAAGGGAAGUGUUGAAAGGGUUGCUCAUUCCCUUCUUGCCAGCACCAAGGCCAGGAACUCAGUAGUUUGGACAACGUGCCCUACCGGACUUUCUUUUAUCUUUUCCAGAUUACAUUCACAAUGUAGAGUUUGUCAUAGAGGAUUUACCUCCAGCAUUUUCUAUGAGGCAAAAGGAACCUUAUGGAAGACGUACAAUUCGAAAGCUAGCUGUUUGUUCCUUACGAAUGAGACAGUCUCACACCAUGCUCGAGUUGCCUGGAAACGGCUACUUCAGAUUCAUUCAAGCUGUGGAACAAUUCUGCCACCAAUAAGUAGGGUUACAUGUGUGAUGAGCCUUGCUUUGUCUCGCUCACAUCUGGUAUCUCCUGGCAUUUUGGCCUUCCUUAUUGGACAGCUAGCAUGGAAUCAAAGUGUGCUUGCAGAAGCAGAAGGUUUCACAUCCCCGGAGUCGCUCUACAUGCAUGCAAAGGAUGGACAUAUCUACUUGACUUCAUUUAUCUUCUUGAUUUUAGAGGGCUUGAUAUUGCUCUCGAGGGCAGUAUACUUAGCUUUGUUGUUCACCCCUUGUAUGCUAAUGGCUCCUUUUGCGGACUCCUUUGGUAUUGAGUUUAGGAAGAAGUGGCUUCGUGCUGUGAGAAGAACUCUAGAGAAGGCAGGUCCAGCAUUCAUUAAGUGGGGUCAAUGGGCAGCAGCAAGGCCAGAUCUGUUUCCAGAUGAUAUGUGUAAUGAACUUGAAGAACUCCACUCAAAGGCACCAGCGCAUAGCUAUGCAUACACAAAAAGAAGCAUUGAAAAGGCGUUUGGACGGAAGCUGCCUGAAAUAUUUGAAAAUUUUGAGGAGGAGCCUGUCGCAUCGGGUAGUAUUGCUCAAAUUCAUCGGGCAACCUUGAAAUUCCGAUAUCCUAGACAACGGGUUAAACCCAUUCGUGUCGCUGUCAAAGUUAGGCACCCAGGCGUUGGUGAAUCUAUCAGGAGGGAUUUCGUACUAAUUAACAUGUUUGCAAAAGUUUCAAAGGUCUUCCCAACUUUGAAGUGGUUGAGACUGGAUGAAAGCAUACAGCAGUUUGCGGUCUUUAUGAUGUCACAAGUUGAUCUUUCUAGGGAAGCAGCUAACUUGAGUCGUUUUAUAUACAACUUCCGCAGAUGGAAGGAUGUAUCAUUUCCCAGACCUCUAUAUCCUUUGGUGCAUCCUGCAGUUUUAGUGGAAACCUAUGAAGACGGUGAAAAUAUCUUGCGCUACAUUGAAGAGCUUGAAGAACCUAUGAAAGAGUUUGAAGGACGUGAGCGCGUCCGAAGUGCCCUUGCUCACAUUGGGACUCAUGCACUACUGAAGAUGAUGUUGGUGGAUAAUUUCAUACAUGCAGACAUGCAUCCUGGGAACAUUCUUGUUAGAUCACCGCAAGACAGAGCUUCAGGUAAAGGACUUUUCAAAUCGAGACCUCAUGUGGUCUUCCUAGAUGUGGGUAUGACUGCUGAGCUAUCCAAUAAGGACAGACUCCUCCUGCUGGAGUUCUUUAAGGCUGUGGCACUUCGAGAUGGCCGCACUGCUGCAGAAAGUACUCUUGGACUAUCUAAACAACAGAGCUGUCCAAACCCAGAGGAAUUCAUCAAGGACGUGGAGGGAACUUUUGACUUCUGGAAGACAGCUGAAGGGGGUGGCAUUCAUCCGGCAGAUUGCAUGCAACAAUUGCUUGAGCAAGUUAGACGUCAUAGGGUGAAUAUUGAUGGCAACAUUUGCACUGUGAUUGUGACUACUUUGGUGUUGGAGGGAUGGCAGCGGAAACUGGACCCUGAAUACGACGUGCUACAGACACUGCAAAAGUUGCUUUUCAAAGACGAUUGGGCAGAGUCUCUCUUUCACACAAUUGGAGGGUUGAUGGCACCAUAAAAAAGGUGUCUCGUUUGCUCGCUUCCCCUCCCCACCCCAACCUACAUAAAACGAUUCCACAAUUUUGAUGGAGUAAUAUAUAGUAAAGGGAAGAUUAGUGAAAUAUAACGCACAGCAUCUGGCUUUAGAGACUAAGGAUGUAUACCUUUCUGUCUUUUUUGUUUUAGAUUUGAAGAUUAGAUUAGCUCUAACCUUGAAUUCUUAUCAUUGUUUCUUAUUUAUUUUUCGUCACAGUGUGAGAUAAUAAUAAGUACUUAUCAAGAAUGUAUUGAUGAGAGAGUUUUGGGAUUGAGGUAUGGUUAGUUGAUUGAUUGAAAUUGAUGAGAGCAACUAGCAGGCUUCUUCUAAGUUUAAUGUUUAGAUGUUGAGCCAUAUGUCUCAUUGUAGGCUAUAAUGCAUGGAAUUAUGUAUCCCAAGGAAUUGGGAGGGACUUUUUAUAUUAAUCCAACAUUUAUAUAUUCAAAUGAUCGGAUCUG